AUGACUUACACUCUUAGCUGCUGUGAUGACGGUUCUGGGGUUACAGUUGGGACAAUUAUACGAUUUGAUAAUGUCACGAUCCUGGUGGACCCAAGUUGGCACAGUUCCAAAAUUUCCUAUGAGAACAGCGUAAGAUUCUGGUCUGAAAUAAUACCCGAAGUUGAUAUUAUUCUGCUUUCUCAGCCAUCUGUAGAGACUCUGGGCGCCUAUGGCUCUUUAUAUCACAACUUCCUGUCACAUUUCAUAUCUAGAAUCGAAGUCUAUGCUACUCUACCGGUGAGUAACUUAGGUAGAGUGACUACGAUUGAUUACUAUACUUCCAAAGGGCUAAUCGGCCCUUUUAAAGCCAAUCAGAUUGAUCUGCGAGAUGUUGAGUUUGCAUUCGAUCAUAUUCAGACCUUGAAGUAUUCUCAGCUUGCGGAUCUACGAUCCAAGUACGAUGGUCUCACUUUAAUUGCAUACAGCGCAGGGGUAAGUCCCGGAGGUUGCGUGUGGUGCAUAUCAACAUAUUUUGAGAAACUGGUAUAUGCAUUCCGAUGGAAUCAUACUCGUAAUACAAUUUUGAAUGGAUCAUCCCUACUGGACAAGACUGGUAAGCCUCUGGCGACAUUAGCGAGACCAUCGGCAGUUAUAACCAAACUAGAUAAAUUUGGAUCUUCAAAACCUCACGGGAAACGUGUUAAAGUUUUCAAAGAUGCUCUAAAGAGGGUUCUAAGUUCAAGCGGAUCCGUCUUAAUACCAGCCGAAAUUGGAGGUAAUUUUCUAGAUCUGUUCGUACUCGUUCAUGACUUCCUUUAUGAGUCCUCUAAAAGCAGACUUUUCGCACAAGUUCCUGUAUUACUAGUAGCAUAUUCCCGUGGAAGAGUGUUGACCUACGCCAGAUCCAUGUUGGAGUGGCUAUCCUCAUCGCUUCUCAAGAUUUGGGAAUCCAGAGAUAAUAGAUCCCCGUUUGACUUGGGCAGUCGAUUCCAUGUUAUCGCACCCACAGAUCUCACAAAAUAUUCUGGACCCAAGAUAUGCUUCGUUUCGCAAGUCGAGACGCUUGUCGAUGAAGUUAUUUCGAGACUAUGUCAAACAGAGAGAACCACAAUUAUAUUGACAUCAUCAGACAAUGAUGAUACUCGCACUUUAUCAGUGCUGCAUAAAAAUUGGGAUCUAGCGCAAAAGCAGCGUGGAGCCGAAGAAGGGCAAUCGAUCAGUUAUUCAGAAUCUCUGACCUUAAAGACUGUUCAGACAAAGCCCAUGACAGGCGAAGAAUUGGAGCAGUAUGUUGCUGGAAUUACUGAGCGUAAAACCAAGAGGAAAGAAUUGGAGGAGUCCCUGCACAAGGAUGUCAAGCUCGCUGGAAAAAUAUCCCGUAGAUUGGAUGGUAAAGACGACUCAGGUAAUAUGAGAGAAGAUGGACAAGAUCCCGAGGAAGAUGACGAUGAGGAUGAAGACGAGAAUUUACUUGAUAUAUUGAAAGAAAAAAGCUCCACCUCCACGGGACAAACCGCAAUAGAUAUUCCGGUAGAUUAUUUGAUUCAACCCACGUCCCAACCGAAGCACAAGAUGUUCCCAUUUCAGCCGGCAAAAAUCAAGAGUGACGACUAUGGAACUUUUGUCGACUUCAGCUCUCUGAUACAGAAUGACGAUGAAGAAAUGGAUCAGAAGAAAUCAUCAGCAGCAGAUGAAGCUGAAGAAGAUGAGGAUCCUUACGAUUUGUCUGAAAACCGCCGAGAAACUUCAAAGAAACCCCGCAGAGAGGCCAAGAAGGGGAAAGGUAAAAAUCCUGCCGAAUCAUUCGACAAUAUCGAUUAUCUUGACCCACUUCAGAAUCCUAUGAACCGGAGCGAGUCGACCAGCAAAGUAACGAUCAAAUGCUCGUUGGUCUACAUCAAUUUAGAGAGCUUGGUUGAUCAAAGAUCAGCUUCCAUCAUCCUUCCAGCCUUAAAGCCCAGAAAACUACUGUUACUAGCACCACCAGAAUGUCAAAACGCACAGUCUGUUUCAACUAUGCAAAAGAGAGAUGUUGACAUUGUGGAAAUGCCGAUCAAUAAAGCGAUAGAGUUCAUCACGACGAUCAAAUCUCUAGACAUCUCCAUAGAUCCCGACCUAGAAGCACUGCUUAAAUGGCAAAAAAUCGGUGAAAGCUACACGGUUGCGCAUGUCAUAGGAAGACUAGUGAAGGAGAAACCACAAAUGGCUAAAUCUAAAGGAGUGGGUAAACCCCAGAGCAAGCUCAACCAACAGGCCAGGUCUAAGCUUGUACUAAAACCUCUUCAAUCGACUUUUAGAGCUCAUGUCGGUGGCUCGCUAUCGAUUGGGGACAUUAGACUGGCAGAGCUGAAGAAGAGGCUCACGGAGCGCAACCACAGAGCCGAAUUCAAAGGCGAAGGUACUCUGGUGGUUGACGGUCAAGUGGCCGUACGCAAGAUUAGUGACAGUGAAACCAUCGUCGAUGGAAGUCCGUCAGAACUCUUUUACGACGUCAAGAAAUCCAUCACAGAUAUGUUGGCAAAAAUAUGA